AUGGUUAUUGACCGGGGUUCCCACGGCUCCUUACAGAGUCUCAAAAGUCUGCUGAGGGAGGAAACAGGAAGUCCUCGCCGUCUAAAGGCUGACAACACGUGCACGCCGCUCCUGAAGGCGGCCGUGAGAGAUGUAACUGGACGAUGGCGACACGCCUCCAUCACACCUGUUCAGCUGUGGCGUCAGGAAGCUGUGAUAAUGCCAUCUGAGGCUCAGUCUCCGGAGCCUCGGGACAGAGGACCGCCGCCUCCCGUCACACGCGCCGGGCGCAGCGCUCAGCUGGCCAAAGCCGCCGCCGCUACUAGCCCCGCCCCCGAGAGGCGGCCUCGUGGGAGACCUCGGAAAGAUGGGAGCAGCGGCCGUUCUGCGCCUCCCACCCCUCCACCUCCGCCGCCGCCUGCUCCUCCUCCGCCGCCACCUCCAAAAUCAAGGAAGAAGGGGCGGAGUCGAGGCCGAGCCCAGGUAGAGGACGAAGAGAGCACGGACGCCGCGGAGACCAAACCCCCCCAGAAGACCGGUGGAGAGCGUGCAGCGUCCGCAGAGGCGAAGGAGGUCAAGGAGAAGACAACGGGACGCCGCCGGUCCACCUCCAGGAGAAAAUCCACAAACACAAAUCCAGAACCCAGCCAGGACCCGCUCAGCCCGCAACCUAAGCCGGACCCUGACCCUACGGUCCCAGAAUCCUGCCCAGAACCAGCUCCCAGUGCUGAGGAGGAGGACAGAACCGGCCCUGCUCCUGCUGCCCCGCUCGCCGCCUCCAGCCCAGGACCAACUUCCAGUCCUGGGGAAGAACCUCGGGUCAGUCAGCCCCCCUCCCCCGCCCCGUCCCCUGAACGUAGCCCGGUCCACAGCCUCGCCUCCAGCCCCAGACCUGCUCCUGAUCCUGUGGAGGAGGACCGGCCCAGUCCGAGCCACAGCCCCGCGCCCAUGGAGGUAGACCGCAGUCCUAGCACGGUUCCUAUGGAGACAGAUGGGGGCGGGGCCAGUCCCAUGGAGCGCAGUCCCACCAUGAGCCCCUGCUCCAGUCCUCCGAUCUCCCCCCGUCCCCGACUGGAGGACGAGGACUCUCUUCUGAAGCAGUGUGCCUUCUGUUACCGUGGCGACGAGCCCCCCCUUGGCCAGGGCCGCCUGGUGGUGUUCGGCCCGACGCCGGGCUACAUCCCGCUUCACAUUCUCAACCGCCGCGCCUCCCCUGACCGAGACAACGACUGCCACGACCACUGCUACCGCGGCGACCUGGCCCCGCCCGCGUGCAGCAGUCCAGAGCAGAGUGAGUCUUCCUCAGAGUUUGUGCAGCAGCUCGGACCCAUCGGCCUUCCACACGACAUCGACGUCCAGUCGCUGUUUGACCCCACAGGUCAGUGCUGCGCCCACCUGCAGUGUGCCGCCUGGUCAGAAGGGGUGUGUCGUGGCGAGGGCCAAUCGCUGCUCUACGUGGACAAAGCCAUCGACUCAGGAAGCACGCAGGUGUGUGCAUUCUGCCGCCGGCUCGGAGCGUCGCUGCGCUGCCAGGAGACGAACUGUGGGCGGAGCUACCACUUCCCCUGCGCCGCCGCGGCCGGAGCUCACCAGGACUGGAAGCAGAGACGCACACUGUGUACAAGACACACUCACGCAGUGUCCUCACAAUGCGUCUUGUGUUCGGGCAGCGGUGACGUCAGCGGCGUGUUGAUGUGCUGUUGCUGCGGUAACUGUUAUCACGGCAGCUGCCUGGACCCCCCCCUGACGCCCUCGGCCCUGUGCAGGACCGGCUGGCAGUGUCCUGAGUGUCGAGUGUGUCAGAGCUGCAGGCUGCGAGGAGAUGACGGCGUGUUGCUGGUGUGUGAACGCUGUGAUAAAGCCUACCACACACACUGUCUCACACCACCUCUGGAUCACACACCGAGCACCAGCUGGAGCUGCAAGAACUGCAGAACCUGCCGCCGCUGUGGUGUGAGGUCAUCAGGCCAGUGGGCCAAUCACCCGUUUCUGUGCGAGUCGUGUGACCCGGCCCUGCCCUGCCCUCUCUGUGACCAUGCCCCUGAUCUCUACACACCACAGGACUAUCUGACUUGUAUCUGCUGCUUUAGGUGUGUCCAUAAAGAGUGUAUUGUCCAGGCUGGGGAGGGCAGGGCGGGGUCUGAAGAUUACGUCUGCUCCACCUGCAGGCCUCAGGAGGAGGAGCUAAUCCCACACACUCCAAUCUCUCACACUCCUACCCCGGCAUCGCCCAUCAGUCCCACGCAGUUAGCACCUGUUAGCAUUUCACAACCACCGAUUCCAAGUGACAUCUGUUCAGAGCCACCACAGAGUACUACCAAGACCCUCUGUAUGCAAUCGCAGCAAAGUCUUACGCCAUCUCACCCUGAACCCACUGAACUCCAACAUAGUCGUCCUGCGCCAUCUCACCAUGAAUCCACAGAGCUCCAACAUAGUCCUGCACCAUCUCAUCCUGAACCCACAGAACUCCAAUACAGUCCAGCGCCGUCUCACCAUGAAUCGACAGAGCUCCAACGAAGUCCUGCGCUAUCUCACCCUGUACCUGCACAGGUCAAACACAGUCCUGCCUCAUCUCACUCUGAACCCACAGAGCUCCAACAUAGCCCUGCCCCAUCUGACCCUCAAUCCACAGAGCUCCAACAUAGCCCUGCCCCAUCUCAACCUGAACCCGCAGAGCUCCAACAUGGCCCUGCCCCAUCUCAACCUGAACCCGCAGAGCUCCAACAUGGCCCUGCCCCAUCUCAACCUGAACCCGCAGAGCUCCGACAUGGCCCUGCCCCAUCUCAACCUGAACCCACAGAGCUCCAACAUAGCCCUGGCCCAUCUGACCCUCAGCCCGCAGAGCUCCAACAUAUCCCUGCCCCAUCUCAACCUGAACCCACAGAGCUCCAACAUAGCCCUGCCCCUUCUGACCCUCAGCCCGCAGAGCUCCAACAUAGCCCUGCCCCAUCUCAACCUGAACCCACAGAGCUCCAACAUAGCCCUGCCCCAUCACACCCGGAACUCACACAGCUCCAACAAAGCCCUGCCCCAUCUCACACGGAACCCACUGAGCUCCAACAUAGUCCUGUUCCAUCUCACCCUGAAACCACAGAGCUCCAACAUAGUCCUGCGCCAUCUCACCUUGAACCCACUAAGCUCCAACAUAGCCCUGCGCCAUCUCACCUUGAACCCACUGAGCUCCAACAUAGUCCUGCGGCGUCUCACCCCGAUCCAACAGAGCUCCAACAUAGUCCUGCGGCGUCUCACCCCGAUCCAACAGAACUCCAACAUAGUCCUGCGGCGUCUCACCCCGAUCCAACAGAGCUUCAACAUAGUCCUGCGCCGUCUCGCCCCGAUCCAACAGAGCUCCAACAUAGUCCUGCGCCAUCUCGCCCUGAACCCACUGAGCUCCAACAUAGUCCUGCGCUGUCUCGCCCUGAACCCACUGAGCUCCAACAUAGUCCUGCGCCAUCUCGCCCUGAACCCACUGAACUCCAACAUAGUCCUGCGGCGUCUCGCCCUGAUCCAACAGAGCUCCAACAAAGUCCUCCGCCAUCUAACCCUGAACCCACUGAUAUCCAACAAAGCCCUGCCCCAUCUCACCCUGAUCCAACAGAGCUCCAACAAAGUCCUGCAUCAUCUAACCUUGAACCCACUGAGCUCCAACAUAGUCCUGCGGCGUCUCGCCCUGAUCCAACAGAGCUCCAACAAAGUCCUCCGCCAUCUAACCCUGAACCCACUGAUCUCCUACAAAGCCCUGCCCCAUCUCACCCUGAUCCAACACAGCUCCAACAAAGUCCUGCAUCAUCUAACCUUGAACCCACUGAGCUCCAACAAAGUCCUGCAUCAUCUAACCUUGAACCCACUGAGCUCCAACAUAGUCCUGCGGCGUCUCACCCUGAUCCAACAGAGCUCCAACAUAGUCCUGCGGCGUCUCACCCUGAUCCAACAGAGCUCCAACAUAGUCCUGCGCCGUCUCACCCUGAUCCAACAGAGCUCCAACAUAGUCCUGCGGCGUCUCACCCUGAUCCAACAGAGCUCCAACAUAGUCCUGCGGCGUCUCACCCUGAUCCAACAGAGCUGCAACAUAGUCCUGCGGCGUCUCACCCUGAUCCAACAGAGCUCCAACAUAGUCCUGCGGCGUCUCACCCUGAUCCAACAGAGCUCCAACAUAGUCCUGCGCCGUCUCACCCUGAUCCAACAGAGCUCCAACAUAGUCCUGCGCCGUCUCACCCUGAUCCAACAGAGCUCCAACAUAGUCCUGCGCCGUCUCCCCCUGAUCCAACAGAGCUCCAACAUAGUCCUGCGCCGUCUCCCCCUGAACCCACUGAGCUCCAACAUAGUCCUGCGCCGUCUCCCCCUGAACCCACUGAGCUCCAACAUAGUCCUGCGCCGUCUCCCCCUGAACCCACUGAGCUCCAAGAAAGCCCUGCGCCGUCUCACCCUGAUUCAGAAGAGCUCCAACAUAGCCCUGCGCCGUCUCACCCUGAUUCAGAAGAGCUCCAAGAAAGCCCUGCGCCAUCUCACCCUGAUUCAGAAGAGCUCCAAGAAAGCCCUGCGCCAUCUAACCUUGAACCCACUGAGCUCCAAGAAAGCCCUGCGCCAUCUAACCUUGAACCCACUGAGCUCCAAGAAAGCCCCGCGCCAUCUAACCUUGAACCCACUGAGCUCCAAGAAAGCCCUGCGCCAUCUCACCCUGAUCCAACAGAGCUUCAAGAAAGUCAAGCGCCAUCUCACACUGAACCCACAGAGCUCCAAGGACGUCCUUCGCCAUCUAACCCUGAUGAUGCAGAGCUCCGGGAAAGCCCUGUGUCACUUAUUGUUGAUCCUAUACCAUGCCCUGCUGGUCCGGCUGAGCUGCAAAAAAGCCCUAUCUAUGUGACUUCCACGCAGGCUCAGCAUAGUCCUCGACCGCUCACUUACACCUCUUCAAGCCCCACACAGAAUUCCACAGAGCAUCAGCUCAUGUCCACAGAGUCUGAGCAGAAUACAAUGCAGGGUAGUCCUAUGCCUUGUAGCCAUGCACAUUCUCCAAACAGCCCACACCAAGCAGGACUUAGUCCUAUUCGGGUUCAGCCAGGGCCUGGUGAGCCACCACAAUGCCCUCCACCACAUUGUCUUGCUAAGGGCAACACUUCACAGACGCAGCUUGAGAAACCAUGUAGUCCUUUGAACAUCAUCACACAGAUUCAGCACAGUCCCCCACAAAGACAUAGUCCUGCACAAGUCGGCACAUCACAUCCACAGACUCUAACACAGAAUGCUGAACCUACACUGGACCAUAAGAGUCCUGGAUCAAGCAGCCCUGCACAGCUGCAAUGUGGGGUUGCACAGGACAUUUCUACACUGGACCAGGACCACUCACUUGUCUUCUGUAGGUCUACCCAUCCAACAAGAAGACACGCCUCAAAGAGGCCCAUUUCAGCUCCAUGUAGCCCAGCACUGGCCCCACACAGAGCCACGCAGUGUAGUCUGUCACAACCUGCAAGCCCAGUACAGGCCCACUCUUUACAACCUGUUAGGCCUUCACAGCUUAGCCUACUUCCUUCUUUGCAUGAUACACAGUCAAAAAAGGAAUCCAACCAAACUGGUACCACAGAGCUGAAGUCUUCAGAGCACAGCCCUAUGCAGAGUCUUAACGUUGAUGGCCAAACACCGGAAAGUAGCCCUAUCCCUCUUAGCCACACUUCUGACCUGUCUGCAAUGCCACCGGAUGGCAAAUUCCCAAACCAGCUUGGUCCUGUUCAGAGUAGUGCGCUUAACCCGGACCAUUCUAGCCCCUUUCAUGUCCAUGCCAUGCCCACACCAGAAAGCCUUGUUCACAUUAGCACUUCACUGGAACACUGUAGCCUGACUUGCUUGCCUUGUGCUGAUGAAACGGAGGAAAUUCCUCCCCCAGCAAGCCACAUUCAUCAGAGUCCUUCUUGUGAAUGCCCAUCAAGCUUCACAGAAGCUAUUGAAGGUAAAGCCAGCCCCAUACAUAUCCAAAAUAGCUCAGCUAGUGCUAGUCCCAAACAUGGCAGUCAAAUGCCUACUAACCCUGUCAGCUCUCUUCAGGCUUGUGCUAGUCCAGUACCACAGCAGAAUAGCGCUUCUCAUGUCAGUCCUCAAGCUGCAGAGACUAGCCCCUUAACACAACCAGCUAGCCCUGUAACGCUUCGAGCUAGCUACUCUGAGCAACCAAUUGACUGCAUGGCGCCACCUGUUACAUCCUCAACACAACCAGCUAGCCUAUCAGCAGUACUGGCUACACCCAUCCACCCCAUCUCCUGUCAGGAAGAGGAGAUGGAGCUAGCUGUCGACCACUCUAAUCGCGAUCAGUCAGAAACUUGUCCGAGUCAUCCUAUCUCCACUCCGGACAAUCCAGUACAUACUAGCCCAACUCAUGCUAGGCCAGUCAUCACACAAGCUAACAGUGGCUACAGUCUGAUGGGCUCCAUGCAUGCUCAAGAUGGGAUUAGUCCGUCUGUUGGUGGUGUUGCAGAGCUCGCACAGACUGACACAAGCCAAAGUCCCACACAUCCUGGUCAGUCAAGUUCCUCACAUGUACAAACUACCUGCAGUCCUUUGCAGACUUCGCCAGUACAGACAAGCCCCCUGCCUACAACAAACUUUAGUCCUCCACACUGUAGGCUGACUGAUACUAGCCCAGCUAGUAGCCCUGUUAGCCACAGUCUGAGCCAUUGUGGCCAGACAAGUUCCUGCUCUGCUUGCGUAAGUGACGUUAGCUUCAUCAUCAGUCCACCUAGGUCUAGUCCUGCUGGUCAAGCUAGUCCUGUUCACAUACAAAGCACUUCUAGUACUGCCCACUCAGGCCCAGUCCAAAGACGGAGUCCCUCAUUAGCUAGCAUGACAUACAGCAGCCCUGCACAUGCUACUGUCACUUGUGUUAGUCCACCUCACAGUCCAGCUCAGGCCAGUGAAACAUAUUGUAGCCCCACAGGUAGCCCCCAUUCUAGCCCAGCUCCUCACACUGGAAACGGGUAUGGCCUUACUGUGGCACGGCUGAGCCCCGCUUUGCCUAACUCAAGUCUUGAUGUGAAGGAGGAGGUCAGUUCUGUAAUUAAGAGCUCUGUUCUUCCCGAUGUGGUUCAGCUUGAUUCUGGUCUUGUUAAACAUACAGACUGUAUUAGGCAGACGAGCCCAACACCUGCCAGUUCCCUACCUGAUGACUCAUCUGCUGUUAGCCCCAUUCAGGCUAGACUGAGUCAGGUUAGCCAGUGCCCAGCAAGUCCUCUCUAUACCCACGAUGGGUAUGCUGUUGGAAGCACUGCCUCGGGAAGCCCCUUGUAUCAAAGACCAGUCACUCCUGUUGAUGCCACUUACACUCAGGCCAGUCCGAGCCAUGCUAGCCCUGACCAUUCUUCUCCCACUCAGGAUAACACUGCGAUGCCUAGCACAAGCCACACUAGUGAACCGCCCUCUGCCCCCUCACAGGUUAGCCCUCCUAAUUCUCCACAUGCUCAAGCAGGCUCUGUGCACACUAGCCCAGUUGCUAGUCCUGUUUGCGACCCCUUGCAAUCAGGUCAUACCCAGGUUAUCCCUAGCUUGGUGCGGCUAGAGACUAAUCCCAGUCCUGCUACUCCUGUGCAGCCAGAGGUUAGUCCCAGUCCUGGUCCUGCUAGCCCUAUGAGGUGUGAGGCUGGUCCCGGUUCUGUUAGCCCUGUUCUUGCCACCCCUGGGCAAUCUGAAACUAGCCCUAGUCCUGGUCCUACUAGCCCUGUGCAGCUUGAUGGUGGUCCUGGUCCUGGAAGCCUUUCUGUUUCCAUCCCCCAGCAACGCACACAGACAGAGAGGAGGGAGUCUGCAUCCACUGUGGAUGUCAGCGUGGCUGAGAAAGAGGAGGAAGACUUGGAGAGAGCAGCUCCACAGCAGGAGGAGGUGGAGGAGCCUUAUCAGACGGCAAAGCAGAGUCCCGAAGUAGGAGAACAGGAUCAGAAGAAGGAUCAGCACAGCAGCUCCAACUGUUCCUCAGGAGUCCAGCUUGGAUCUGUACUGAAUGAAGACCAUCAGUCUCCUCCUCACACUGCUGCUUCUGCCUCUCCCCUCCUCCCGCAGCCAGCUUCUCCCUCCCCUCAACCCACCACAACACACUCUGCCUUACCCCUCCAACAGCCCUCUUCCUCUCCGUCAUCUUCACCUCCUGCCUUCCCCCUCCCCUCACCACUAUCUCCUCCUCCUAGAGCUGGCUCUCUGGAGGCCUCCCCCACCUCCUCCCCUCACAGGACUGCCUUACUCCCCUCCUGUUCCCCCCACACUCCACCUUCUCCCUCCCCUCAUCUGGAGGACCUCCCCCAGGAAGAGAAACCUACUAAUCAAAGAGAAGCCGAGACGGGGACGGGAGCAAAGUCUGAGCUAGAGGACAGAACGCUUUCCUGUCAUGUGACGUUGGCAGAUGACAGCCAAUCACAGCGCCAAUUUGAACCUGUUGCUACAGCAACAGACCUCACCAAAGAUAAGCACCAAUCACAAGCUGAGCCUUCAGAGAGGGAGGAGGAGGAACCUCCUGAAACGCCAGAACAAACAUCACCAGCCGGGUCAGCUGCUCAUAAGGUGGUUGCAGGACAACAGCCGAUGAGGGAGAAGCAGGAUGCGAAGGAGGAGAUGAGAGCGAGUGGUGUGAAGGAUGAAGAGGAAGUGGAGGAGGAGAGGGAGGGCACCGAGCAGGAGGAACAAUCAGAUGUGGAGGAGGAGGAGCCAGUGAGCCCAGGGCUGGAACUGGAGCACUCUUUAGACAUGGAGGUGUUGGAGCUGAUGACGUCAUCUCCUCCCCCCUCCCUCCUCCACCUGUCCUCCCACAGCCCGCCUCCCUUCUCCCGCCGGGGAAAGGGUCGGACUCUCAGACCUCCUCUCUGCUCCUCUAGGCCAUCAGAUGACCUCGCCAUCCGUCUGAGGCAGUCUCCCUUCUCCACAGAGGCCUCCCCUGAGACCUCCCCCACCAGAGCUCCCAUGACCCCGCCUCCGCUCUCCCCGCUGUCACCUCCUCUCCGGUCCUCCCCCGCUACCAGAGAGUCUCCACCUCUCUCCAAGCCACAGGCACUUCCCACCACUGUGCUGCCCCUCACCCCUAAAAUCGGAAUGGGGAAACCAGCCAUCUCUAAGAGGAAGUUCUCCCCGGGCAGAGCCAGGGUCAAACAGGGUCGUGGUUCAGGGUUUCCAGGAAGGAGGAGGUCCAGAGGAGGAGGUCUUGGAGGAGGAAGAGGAGGGAGAGGAAGGAGCCGGCUGAAG